CCAUGAGAUCCAAUCCCAUAAUUAUGACAAAGAACCUCCAACAACCCUUAUUUGUUUUAUUUGUCUCCUCUUUGAUCCAAAAUAUUCAGCAUCAAUUUAUAUCAUUUGCAUCAGCAAAAAAAAUAUACUAUAUAUACACAUUGAUCAACAUUAACACAAUUCACUUUGAAAUUAAACAUUGAUCAUUACCUACUCUGCACUCCCGAGUCUCAACGAUAGGCAUUAAACAUGCCAGAAAGCAAUACUAUGGACAUUCCUUCUUCCGAUUAUCAACCUCUCAUUGUUUCUAAUCCUGAUGGAACCUAUACGCGUCUCGUGCAACUGCCAACGGUCCCUGCCUCACCUGAUCCCAACAAAUCCACCUACCCGGUCGUCACCAAGGACAUACCUGUUAAUCCCACUAACCGAACUUGGUUCCGGAUUUAUCUUCCCCGCCGUGCGCUUGAUUCUUCCUCCACCACCAACAAGCUCCCUCUCAUAGUUUACUAUCAUGGUGGUGGCUUUAUUUUCUUGAGUGCAGCUUCUAAUAUGGUACAUGAUUUUUGCUUAACAAUGUCUGAACAACUCGAUGCCAUUGUAAUCUCCGUUGAUUACCGCCUAGCUCCAGAAAACCGUCUUCCGGCAGCUUAUGAGGACGCCAUUGAAGCGCUGCACUUUAUCAGUAAUAGCGAAGAAGAUUGGUUGAGGAAAUUUACUGAUUUAUCGAGCUGUUUUUUGAUGGGCACUAGUGCAGGUGGUAAUAUUGCAUACCAGGCAGGGCUACGAGCAUGCGAGCAAGUUCACAAGUUGGAACCCUUGAAGAUCAAGGGCUUGAUACUGCACCAUCCAUAUUUUGGGGGGUUAGAGAGAACCGCGUCGGAGCUGAAAAUGGUGAAGGACCCAAUUUUGCCACUGCCUGGAAAUGACCUCAUGUGGGAAUUGUCAUUGCCAGUCGGAGCAGACCGGGAUCAUAAAUAUUCUAAUCCAAUGGCUGGGCGUGGGUCAAACAUGUUUGAACUUGUUCGGGCAAUCGGAUUACGGGUUCUAGUGACGGCUUGUCAUGGGGAUCCGUUGAUUGACCGCCAGGUGGAGUUUGCCAAAAUGUUGGAGGAGAAGGGUGUAGGGACUGUGGCCCACUUUGGUGAAGGUUGCCAUAGCGUGGAGUUAAUUGACCGGUCUAAGGCUGAGUCUCUGGUUCUGGCCAUUAAAGAUUUCAUGUUUUAAUUUUUAGGAAAGAAUAUUAGGUCUCUCAUAUUUUACAUGACACUCAAUUUAUUUUUUUACGAGGAAAAGAGAAUUACUUUUAUA